CGCGCAUCGCUGCUUUUCCCUGAAAACUGGAGGAAAAAAGACAUUUUUGAUGGACUAUCGCGGAUUUCGCCCUCUGUUUACAUAGUAAAACGGACACUUGUUCACUGUCGGACAUGACGCAUUCCUACAGUCAGCGUUCUCUCGUGGUACUUGCGUUUUUAGGGAUUUUAUCCGCGAUAAUGGCCGUGUUAUCCGUCAUUUUGAUCUUCCAGCUCCAAACUCAACAGGCUGUUAUCAAAGAUUCGCCAACUUUCGUGUCAAAAGACAUCACAGCGGUGUUACUGCCUGUUUCCACGGUUCUCUCAGCCUUAUCUCUGACUCUAAACUUGAGCUCAGUUGUUGUUUGUUUGCUUCACAGCUAUUUUGCUACUGAAAUAUGCAGAGGAGAACCAGAUACGCAAAGGGCCGAUUGGUUUCUGAUGGAUAGCAGGACCGUCCGGCAUGUCAGCAUUGGUCUGUUUUGCCUAGGAGUUUCGGUUUACUUAGCUGCCAUGUCUAUAUACAUGUUACUGGUGUUUGAAGUGGAAACUGGUAUAGCCAGUGUUUGUGUGCUGUCCUCCGGAGUUCUCGUCCUGCUACUCAUCAUCAUUCACUCUUUAAUAAGAGCUGCACGCGCAGCCAAACACUUCCGCACUGAUCAUCUCCACACCAUGUACCACAACAACCCCGAGCAAAUCCGAACGUCCAACCUAAGCAUUACGGAAAAUCCACGAAGGCAACACAGCUUAGCCAACCUGCCAAGCCAUUUCAUCAACCCCGCUCACAUCGAUCCCAAAUUGCAGUAUUCGGCAUCCAACGGGCCUCAAGGUCACUCUAGUGAUAAAGACGGAUACAGUGGCGGUGGUAGUGGACGAACCCAUCGGACACUUUCAACAGAAUCCGGCCUGUUUCACACUCAGGUCAAACCAUGGAACGGAGUGAACAGCGAGAUGAGAUCGGUGCUUGCUCGUAAAGCCACCAUUAAGGAUUCAACUUUAGUAUGAGUGGUAAUACAUUCACUUUGGUGUCAAGAUGCGAUAUAAUGUGCCUGAUUUCAAAUUAUAUUCAUGUAUGUAGAGCAACUGUCUCAAACUCAACUCCUUGAGGGCCACAGCUCUGCAUAGUUUAACUCCAACUGCCUUCAACUCACACCUGCUUAAUAGUCUUGUAGUUUUAAACACCUUGAUUAGUUGGAUCAGCUGUGUUUGAUUAGGGUUGGAGCAAAACUGUGCAGAGCUGCGGCCCUCCAGGAAUCCAGUUUGAGACCUAUGAUGUAGAGCAGGG